CGCCAUUUUAAGUAAUUGUGACAACCCGCAAGAAAGUGUUCUAUCCUGUUUGUGACGGUAGACGGUAAAACGCUGUUAAAUAAUUCUUUAAACAACGCAAAAACGUGUGCAAGUCACAGCUAAACAUACGGGCUAAGUUAUUUAAUAGUUUCUGUGUAUUUGCAAAGUGUACGAAACGCAUAAAAGUUAUAACAAAUUUUCUAUCGAGCCGAAAGAAAAAAAAAGAUUCUCAUUGGAUUCUGCUUCCUCUUCGGUCCAGUCUCCCCUCACACCCAACACCUCUUCGGCAUUUCAGAUACAUAUGUAUGUAUAUAAUUGCAGAGAGAAGUAGCUGAAGAAAGAAGAAAAAUAAAAUCAAAAGGGGUGGAAGAAUUGGAGCAGGCAGCUAAAAGCGAAAAAAAAAGUGCGAAUCGAAGGAGUAGGCGAGUUCACUGCUGAAAGGCAGCGAGUAAAACGUUUACGAAAGUACGGUGCGCGUAAAGAAGACAACGCAAAUUUUUUCUAGUACUAGUACUUGGGUGAAUUUUUUGCACUCAACAGCAUUUUCACGGUACGCUUGCAUAUAGGUGACAUACGCACACACACACAAUCGUAGCAUAUAGUAUUAAAAUUGCGUGCUCGUGUGUGUGUGUGAGUGCGAAAGGUGCAACGCGAUUGAACGGGUGUGAAUUGUGUAGGAGAGCAACGAACUCGCGUGCAAGCGUCGAGAGAAAGGAGAAAAAAUCACCGAAAAGAAGAAGCAGAAAUUUUCAAUUCUGGUAUAGUGUGGUGGAGCUCCGCCAACAAAAGCAAAAGAAAAGAAAAACCAACGAAACCAAGCGGUUGCGGCUACCACAUCGAUAAAGUGGAAUUAUUGAAUAAGUGUCGUUAGAAAACGCCGAAGACGUUUGGUGUUUUGGAAAAGAAACGUAAAAGAAUUCAAAGAAGACUGAGGAUAUAGAUUUAAAGUAGCAAAAGGAUCCCUUUUUACGAGGAACGGAUUUAUAAGAGAGUUAAUAAUUGUCUGGAGCCAGCAGUAGACAGUUUUAUUUAUCUAACACAUACAACAAUAUAUUAGUUUCUCCAGCACCACAAUAGUUCAACUUAUUGUGGUAGAUCAAGACAAAACACGUAGCGGCUUUUCCGCCGUUAAAAGAGUACCAGAGCCUCUACAAGUCAAUAUACGGCAUUGUGAAGUGUUAAAAUUAAUCUCAUAUACGUUUAAAAGCCAAAAAUUAUAUUCUCUUUAUACACCUCCAAAACACGACCGUUUAACGGUGUAUGCUGAAACUGGAUUAAUUUCAAAUUUGUCACUUUGGACACAAACGUGGUCGGAAAGCACCAACUUUAAUCCCGUCAGUCUUAUAAGCAAAAGUUUGCAGUAAACAAAAGUGUUGAACAAAAGCAAAAGCGAAAAAUCAAGCGUUUAUUUAUUUAAAGAAAUUUGAGCAAUUGAUUUGAAGACUCUUCACAAAAAAUACACUUUCAAAAGAACAUACGAAGCUGUAGACACGCCAGUGUAUAAAAAAACGCAUUGAACUACUACUGUUUUAUUAUAUAGCAGAAAAGCGUAAGAGCGUUGUAUCUUCUUCAAUAUAAAGCAGAGAAACGUGACAUCUAAAAUAAUAUAAGCCAGUCAGUUAUAAAAUAUAGUCAAAUCAUUAGCUUUGACAUUUGAAAUUGACGUUAUUGUUUGUCGCCGCUAGCGUACGGACUAACGAUCGAAUAUCACAGUUACAAACACAACAAACAGAGAUAAACAAACGAAUAUAAAACACUGCGCAACGAGCUGCAGUACUCGCAGAGUAGAAGUGGUGAAGUGAGUGCGGCGCAAGGGGGAGGUAACGCUAAUGAGGAUCUACUGGCAGCAUGAGUACACUGGGGGGAAGUAGGGGAGAGCGAAAUGCCAAGCCCAAGUUCUCAGCACUCGAUAUAAAUCGAAUGUACAAAAAUAGUCGCGGUGAACCAGCUGAACCAUCUGCACAAAAGAAUCAAGUGCCACGUAAACAUGGAAUGCAAAGUUUGGGCAAAGUGCCGUCCGCAAGGCGUCCACCAGCUAAUUUACCAUCCCUGAAAGCUGAAAUAACAAAUUCGCCAAAUACGAAUAACAAUCUAAUACCAUCAACCGGACAAGAAGUCAACUCAACGAGCGGCGGUCAAAUAACAACACACACACCCACAGGAGCAGUAAAUAAUCAACAACAGCAACAACAAUUGAAGAACAUCAACAACAAGUCCGCACUUGGUAACAGUAACAACAAUAAUAACAGCAACAACAAUAGCAUUAGUAACAGCGUCGGUGGUUUAAAACUUGUGAACAAUUCGACAAGUGUAAGCACUGGCGGUAGUGGCGGUCAGCAGUUGCGCAACUCUUCAGUAGCGAAUCACGCCAAUCAACAACAGCAGCAACGAAACUCGCCAAUAACAUGGUCUGCUGUGACAACGGGCAACGACAUGACCGGUGGUGGCAAGGGCAGCGGUGGUGGUGGUGGUGGGGGCAAAUCAUCGGUACCGCCACUCUAUCAGAGUCCACAGUUUCAAUACGAAUUUCCAACGUUAGAUGGCACAGUUGGCGGCGGCGCCGGUGGUGGUGGUGGUGGCAGCGGCGGCGGCGGUGGCAAUGCAUCGAAUCGAAACAAACAGCAUCAGCAACAACAGGAGCAUUAUCAUCACCAACAACAGCAACAACACCAUCAUCAGCAUGCGAACCAACAGCAACAACAUUAUCAUCAUCAACAACAACAACAUUCGCAACAAAAUCAUCAUCACCAUCAUCAGCAGCAGCACCAUCACCAACAUCAGCAAAAUCACCAUACACACCAACGAGACUACAACAACCAGCAGCAACAUGGCAGUGGUGGCGGUGGUCGUCACGCACACGAUCAGCGUUACGAUGCGCACAAUUACAAAGAUGGCAGCGACGGAGACGGUGGCAGCGAUUACGCUUAUCAACAGCAACAACAGCAUCAUCACCACCGCGAACAACAGCAACAGCAGCAGCAACAGCGCGAACUGAACGAAGUAAGUUUGCGUCCACAAAACGAUGCGAACACCUGGUUGCAGCAACAAGAGAAAUCCGGCAAGGGCACAGUAGAAGGCCAGUCGAACCAACAGGGCCAGGGCCCCCAAACGCAGAAUACGAAUGCUGCAGGUGCAGCAGUGCCGUUGCCUAUCCUGCAGCUAAUGCCAUCGUUUAUGCAGCGCGGUGCACCAAUGCCGCAAUCUGGAAGCGGUGGCGGGGGUGGUGGCAGCAACGGACCACGCUCUCAAACACCACCAACCUAUCAGAACGGUAUUGGUGGCAAGGAUACGGGUGGUGGUGGUGGUACAUUGCGUUCACAACAACGUGCCACUGGUGGCAAUGGUGGUGGUGGAGCGCAGGACUAUCGCUCCGGUUCGCCUGUAAUUAGUAGUUUUCGUGCAGCAACUGCAAUACCCAAGCGGCCACCACAAUUGGCCACACCGCCAUUAGGUGGCACACAAACUCCCAACGGUGGUAUACGAAAGGACAAAGAAUUUAUCAUUGAACCAGAAGUGGUCCAAAUGCAACGACCAAUUAUACGCGAAGAAGAUCUGGAACGCCUCAAUGCUAUAGCUAACGAUGAUAGUUGGACCAAACAGGAUGAUAUCGAUUACACGAAAAAACUGACAUUCUCAGAUGAUGAAUCGCCUGAAGAGCAUACGCCAACGCAGGAGCGUGAUCGGCCAGCAUUCAAUAAGUCGGCGGGCAGUAGUGGCGGUUCACAUGAGCUACGUAAGAACUCCAAUGCGAGCAGCGUGAAUAACAAUUGGCAACGUAGUGGUAGCAUUAAGGACCAACGUGACAGUGCGGAACGCGAGAAGUCGGUCGAUUGUGAGGAUACACGUCAGCAGAAUGGACAUCGCAGUAGUGCGGCGGGUAGUAUUGCUUUGGACGCUGCCGUUUACGAGCGUGUAAAGCAACGCAAAGAGGAGGAGGAGCGACGCGAAAAAGAACGACGUGAAGCGGCCGCACGUAAAUUACAAGAACUUGAAAUGAAGAUCUAUAAUAAGAAGGCGGCGAGCGCAGCAGCAGCAGGUGGUGGUACCGGCGCAACAACUACAGGCGCUGGCGGUGACGCCGUGGAACAACCGACUCCGCCUCCCUCAAUUGGCGGUGGCAGUGAGGAAGAUUUUAAUAUACGUCGCAGCGGUGGCGGUAACAGGGACUACGAACGCGGCAAUACACGCGGUGGCUAUGAUACACGUGAACGUGAUGUGCGUGGCGGCGGUGACUAUGUGCGUGGCGAACGUGGUGGUGGUGGCCCAGGCAGUGGUGUCGGCGCACAAGGUGUUGGCGCUGGUGGCAAACCAAUAUUUUCGGCACAAUUCCAGUCGAAUUUGCCGCCACGCUUCCAGAAGCAGCAACAAAUGCAAGCGCAGCUAGGUGGCCCACCGAUUAGCGGUGGCGCAUUAAGUGGCAAUGGUAAAGCGUCUGGCCCGUUGGGUAGUGGUUUAGAUAAAUCGGGCUCGGCAGGUUCGUCCUAUGAGUCUGGCGCCGGCCGUUACAUGCAGAAGGGUGGUAACGGUGGUCCGAUGCAACGCGGUGGUCGUGGCGAUUAUCGUGACAAUUAUACGCGCGGCGGUGGUGGUGGCUAUGGGCGUAUACGCAAUGACAGUGAACGCGACGACGAACCACGCUAUCAUGGUGGACGUGGUGGACGGGGCGGUGAUGAUUAUAUGCGCGGCAAUGGCUUGUCACAAAAUCAGUUGUCACGCAGUAUAUCAGAUACUUCGCAACGCAAAACCAGCGUUUCGUCUAACGAUGAAUCUAGCAAGUAUGGUGGCAACAGUAGUUUGAAUGAUUCGAAGGAGUUUGGCAGUGGCGCACUUGUGUCGUCUUGGGCUGAAGAGACGGAUGCCGAGCUGAAGCGCCAACGUGAAGAGAGUUUCUCCUCGACGCAUAGCCAGGAGUCAAUACCCAUAAAAAUACUGCAACGACCACAUACCCAGAAGAGUGUGUCGGAGGAGGAAACUUCGCCACUUCAACAGCAACAACAACAUACACACUCCCAACAACAGCAAUUGCAAUCUCAACAGCAGCUAAAUCAGCAACAACAACAACAACACCAAGCACCACAUCGUCGCAGCGAAAGUGAACAAACCACACUUUUUGCACCAACUCAAAUAUUACGUCGCUCUGAGUCGUCGAGUGAUGAGAAACCCAAGCAACCACAUCAAACAGGUAGUGGAGACGCAGUCCUAUCUAGUAAGAUUAGCGAAGAGAAGAGCCCACUGAUCACAAAACAGACCACAGACUCUGAAUCUCAGCACAAGAAGCGUAAAGAAAGUGAGAGUAGCAAUUCCGCAGCUCCAAUCCAUUCAGGAGUUCGAAAGGAAUCCGUAUCGACGGAUGAUAGCAAACUACAGGUUGAUGAGAAUCGUUCGGCAGCGUCUUUAACAGCCGUAAGUCAACCGCAGCGUGAGCCUAAAAGACCCAGUCCACGCGGUGGUGGUGUUGGCGGCGGUAGAGAUCGAGGUGGUGAACGUGAUCGUGAUCGCGAUCGGGACAGAGAUCGGGAACGUGGUCCGCGUGCUUAUCCUGGCUGCCGUGGUGUCCGCGAUUGGAAUCCUCGUGGUCCACGUGGUGGCCGUUUCUAUGGCCCAAAUGAGCCGCGACUAGCCAGCGAAUCGGAACAUUCUGAGGAUGUCGAUGAAGAGGGGUACGGUGGUGGUGGUCGUCGUGGUGAUCGGCAAAGUCCCAAAGUACCACGAAAAGAUCACGGUGGGCAUCGUAGUGGCGGUGAAGAACGUAACUCAAAAGAAGGUUUCGCACCACGUGGUGAGCCAUCACGUCGUGGUCGUGGCGGUGGGGCGAAUAUUGGUGAUCGCGGCGAUCGUGGUGAUCGUGGCUCAUCAUCAUCAUAUCGACGUAAUGAUGGCGGUGGUCGCGGUCAAGGUCGUCAUUAUGGACGACAGCCCUACGACGAACAUCAUAAGGACCAUAAGCGUAGUUCCGAGUCGGAAACAACAGGCGGUGGAAGUGAUGUUGACAAAACGAAACAAAAUCAAUUAGCGUUGAGCGCUGGACUUUCCAAAGUUAAGGAUUCCAAUUUGACUACGACACCAUCUGCAGAUGAAAAGACGCGCACACAAACUGGCGCUAAGCAACAGGCUCCACCACAAGGCGUUGCAAAUGCGCAGCAAAACAAGAAAGCCGGUGUGGUUGGGGAAGCAGAGAAGAAAGGUACUACCCCCACUCCACCCAAACAAUUCGGUGGCAAUAGUGGAGGGGGCGCCCAAGUUCGUAAAGAGAGUACUUCGAGCACUAAAACGGAUGAGGUCGCCGAACGCGAACGUAAGUCCGCAUCCAAAGAAAAAGAUUUACCCAGCGGCGCUGUACAACAGACGCAACAACAACAACGCAGCAAUAGUUCAGGUCAAUUGUCCGCAGCGCAACGUAGCAGUUCUAGUGUUGGUGCCAAGAAACAAGAUUUACCAAUGGCCUCACUGCCCACCUCGCAAUCGGCAUCUGCCAUUGGCGCUACCAAACCCAACCAGCAAUCGCAACAACAAACGGUGACGAAACCACCACCCGGUCUAGGGGGUGCCAAUAGCGGUGGCAACUUCAAGCCUACAAAUAGCACUUCGCUGCCAAAUCAAAGUGUUGCUACGCAACAGCAACAACAAAAACAGAAUAUUGAACUACAAAAGAGUAAAUCGGAUACAAAUGCCGUUACAAUGAAUGCGGUACGUCAACAGCCGCUCGCACAGCAUCGCACUUCCAUCAGCGAGAUGGACAAGGCGAAAAUGGGCGCCGGCGCCAAUGAUAAACCGAAUGCGGUCGUCAGCGGCGGCAGCACACUACUACUGGAUGGCGCUCCCGUCAAUACGAUUAUCUUCGAGAACACCAACUAUAAGCAGCAAGCGCAGGCAGCCCAGCUUAAACGCUCCAACGAGUCACUGAGUUCAGCCGUCAGCAGCGGAGUUAGUGUCACCGCCGUUGAAACGUUGAGCAAUGCGCUGUCGCAGAUGUCUUUCGCCAAAGGAAAUGAUCCGACAGUGCCUGGCGGCGGAGUGGUUGUAUCCACAGCGGGAGACUACGACAAAGACAUGAAAUUGGGCUUCACUUUUGGUGAUGCCACUGAGUCAUACGUAUCGACGGUGCCCAACAAGUCGCCAAAUGAGAAUGAAUCCAAAGUUGUUAACGUGGCUGGACAACAAGUAGCCGUCACAACUGUCGGACAGCAGCAACAUCAGCAGGUGCAGCAACAACAACAGCAGACUCAGAAUAUAAUUUCGACAGCCGACUUGAAUAUGAAAAUUGCCAGCGUGAAGAAGGUAUGGGAGAGUGUAGCGCCAAUGACAUCGGAAGCGAGUUCGUCAGCGCUACAACAUCAGCAGGUGGCACACCAACAACAGCAACAGGCACAACAACAAGCCCAACAACAGUUGCAGCAUCAACAGCAACAGCAACAACAACAGCAACAAGCACAACAACAACUAGAGGUGGUUGAUCCCAGCGGACACAUGUCGGCGGCUGCUUCAUUUGUAGCCGCUGUUGCAGCAUCGCAACAACAACAUCAGCAACAGCAUAUGCCACACUAUGCAGUCGCUGCUGUACCAUUGCACCAACAUCAACACCAACACCACUCGCUGUCCUCGCCUGGUCCAGUGCCAAGCGGUUACGGCAGCCAUGGGUCACCCUUCGACGUCGCCACACCACUCGAACAGCAGUUCGCACAGAGCGGCAGUAUUGUGGUGGGCGGCGCCGAUGAUCCGACCAGUGUCGUCGGCUAUCCCAGUCCACAACAGACACAACAACAGCAGGCGCAAUCCGCUGCCGCUGCACAACAGCAACAGCAGGUGCUCAAGCACCCAGAUGUUGUGAAACAGCAGCAGCAGGCGUCUGCUGCCGCAAAACAAUUGCAACAGCAUCAUGGCUCAUCGAUGGGCAUGUCACCACCACCUAACUUACAACAACAACAGCAACAGCAGCAACAACAACAACAGGCACAGCAUCAACAAUCAGCAGCUGCGCAACAGCAACAAUUGCACGCAGCACCGCCAUCCUUCUACCAAGCAUCACCACAAUUCACCGGUAUACCCAGUCCACCGACGGUCGUGUUUAAUUCGUCGCAAAUGGCACCACCACCCUCACAGGCUGGCCUCUACGCACCAUUCCAUUCACUCGAUCAUUCGAGUCGCUCACAAUUCUCAGCCGCUGCAGCGGCGCACAGUUUCCCUGGUCACUAUAGUGCAGCGGCAGCAGCGGCCGCUGGUGGACCCUUUAAUGCUUAUGCGAUGCAAACAACAGCCAAUAUGGCUGGUGGACCCACACCCGAAAUGUAUUCCAGUCUAACGUCACAGUUCCGCAUGGGCGGCGGUCCAUCACCAUUCGGCAAUCCAAAUUCCCAACAGCUAAACAAUCCGAAUGCCCAAGCUGUAACGAUAAUUUCCUCUAAUUCCAAUUCGAUGAUGUCGUCUGUGGGUUCGGUAAAACCACCACCAUCAUCGCAACAACUUGGCACGAUCGGUUCGAAGGGUGGUGGCGGUGGCGGUCCAUAUGCAGCGCAACAAUAUAUGAAUCUGUAUCCUGGACCACCGCCGCAGCAUCCACAAGGCGGUCCACCGGGGCCACCAGGCGCACAUCAAUUGCAAUCGAAUAGUUACUACUCGAAUUCGGCUAGUGGACCGAACGGACCGGCAUUCUAUGGUGGUCCACCACCACAAGGCGCAGGCGCCGGUGCGCAAAACUUUGGUUUAGCCGCUGCGGCUGGUCUAUAUGGCGGCCAUCAAGGCGGACCGCCCGGUUCGAAUGGACCACCGGGACCACAGGGCCCACCCGGCCCACAGUCGCAACACACAAUGGGCAAUUUUAAUACACAAUUUAUGAAUUCGCAGCUAUUGACGGCGGCGAGUAUUAAUCAAUUUCGCGCAGGACCAACGCCACAGCAGCAUGCAGCUGCCGCGGCCGCAUACAUGAAAUCUGGACAAGGACAAAGUCAUCUGCAAGACUCGAUGGGACGCCAACUGAAGAGCCCACUCGGCGCUGACGUCAGUUUAAGUUUGGCCAAACAGGUGCAAUCUCAACCCAGUCCACCGCACCACAAAAACUAUGGCAGCUGGGAUCUGCAAAAUCAAGUAAUGCAACAGCAAGCUCAACAACAAUCUCAAUCGCAGCAGCAGCAAGCCGCGCAACAGCGUGCUGGCGGUGUCGGUGGCGGCGGUAACGUGCAGAACAUGCCGCCAGGCAGUCGUGGUGGUGGUCCACCAGGUGUACAAGGUGGUCCCGCCGGCGGUGGUGUUGGCGGCCAAGGUGGUCAAGGACGUUAUCCAACGCCGAUACAGCGUCCUAACAAUUAUCCACAACAUCCACAAGGUGGACCACAGUCACAACAACAACAGCAGCAGCAGCAGCAACAACAGCAAUCACAAGCAGGCCAACGGCAAAAUAAUAUGCGGCAAGGACCUGGUGGACCACCCGGUAAUGGUGGCGGCGGCAAUGGACCACAAGGUGGCCCUGGCGGUCACAAUAGUGGCAAUGUGGGCGGCGGUCCCAACGGUGGUGGUGGCGGACAAGGUUGUGGCCCUGGUGGUCCAAACAAUGGCGGUGGCGGAGCUGGCGGCCCCAACGGCGGCGGACAAAUGAAUAAACCCUACUAUGCGAACAAUGCGGGUGGUGGUGGAAGUCGAGCAAACCAUGCUUAAAGUACUUGUGGAUGUAUAACAAAUCUAUAUGCUGAAGGUGAAGCAAUUCGCUAGUAUUAAAAAAGACGAAAAGGCGCCGCAAAAGUGACAACAGCAGCGAACGGCUUUGUUGAGUGAACAUGUAUGAAGUAUAGAGAAUUAACUACUAAAAACACUUACAAGUGAAAAAUAAAGUUAAAAUUUAACACAUUAGCAGCUGCAAAUUGAAAUAAAAAUUAACAUACAUACAUACAUUAGUAGCAAAUAUUGCAUUCAACUCAAUAAUAAAGUGUUCACACAGAAGCAAUCCGCAAGUUGGAGUUAGUGCGUUUACUUGCAUACAUUAUAGUAACAAUUUUCACUUUUCACAAUAAAUAUUUAAAUAAACUAAACAAAUUACAACAAAACAGCAGUAGUGGUUGCAUUAGCUACUAUAAUGACAACUAGCCGCAUAAGGAAGUCGGGGAAAAUGUAACACUGACUUACAAAAAGCGCGUACGAAACAACUUAAAUGCAAGCGGAAAGCGGAAACGUUAAAUGUAAGCAGUGGAAAACAAACAAACAAUGAGUGAGCAGUAAACUCAUACACAUACAUACAUAUUUUAUUGUAUUACGCAAAUUUAUUCAUAUAAUUAUAAUUAUUUUUAAAAAAUAUUAACAGUACAAGCUGUACGUAUGAACAUAUAUUUUUAAUUAGCCUACAUAAUAUUGAAAAUAGUUUUCAUUUUAUAACAAUAAUAACGGUAGAUGACUGUGCAAUUUUCUAUUGUAAUUAAAAACAAAACGAACUAAAAUGCAUAAAUAACAUUGGCUGCUACAUACAUUGCGUUUAAACAAAAAACAAAAGUAAAUAAAGCAAAUCAAAAAUAUAUACGCAAAUAUGCAUACCAAAUUUGAAACGUGCAAAAUUAUUUUUCAACUACACUGCUAUUCAAACUGCCACUGCCCACUUUUGUAGUCCGGCAGCUCUUAAUUUUCCAUUGGUAUAGGAAGCGGAAAUAUGAAACUGGCAACUUUGUCACAAAUUAGUUGCAAACGCGUUUCCCACAUCCGUUCAAGUGCAGAACUAUUAACUUUAUUUUAAAAAGGAAAUAAAAAGUGUAGAGAGUGUUAUUUGUGUAAAAAAAUAUGUUAUAUUUGUAAUAUAUGACGUGUGUGAUAGUUUUCGGUCGUUUGGUAAUUUGAAAAGUGUGUUUAAUAAAAUAAUAAAAGUGACGCAGUUAAACUAGUAUACGCGAGCGUGUGAUUUCAAAAUGGUGGCAUAUAUGUAGCUGUAACUAAAAUGGUUGAUAUUAAAAUUAGACGCAUUAUCAUCAAGCAAAUAUGUAAAUUAAAGCAAGUAUGUUUCAAACACACAUAUGACAAGUAAAUUCGUGCAAGAAAAACGUAAGUUACACUACAUACACUUACAUAAAUAUACAGUACUUUUUUAAAUAAUUUAGCUGCAUAUUAGCGAUGGGUGCAUACAAAUGUAUAAGUAACAAGCUAACCGAAAAGCUACCAACAACAUGUUUUUAAAUAUGCCUAAUACAGUGAAACCUCUCUUGGACGGCCACUCAGCGAUCGAGCGAUUUUUGUUCGCCCUAGGGUUCUAAAAAUUUAAUUUGAUGUGUGUAAAAAUGCCACACAAGGGUGGUGUCCGUUAGAGAGGUUUCUCUGUAUAUUAUUAGCAAACAGAAGAAUAUGUAUAAAAUACUUUCAUACUUUCAUACAGAAUAUUUUCCAUUUUUUUGUUUUGGAAUGCGUCCCUAUUGAUUGUGUACCUCCAUUAAUAUUUAAUUUAUUAUUUAAGCAUUUCGAAUUCUUUAACAUAUGCAUCUUAAGGUGGUCAUCCCAUACAUAUGACGCCCUGUCUUUUAGUGAUGUUUUGGAUUUUUUUCUACGAUUAGUAGAUAGAACCUUAAGUUUAUUAUCAUUUAUCAACAUAUAUUUGGACAGUAUACAUAAAUAUACAUUUUAUGCUAAAAAUAUUGUGUAGCAGAGGAGUUACAGCGUUCUGAACACCUCCGCCUUGAGAACAUGGGUGAUGUUCUUAUCGGAAACGAAAAAAAGUUAGUUUCGUUUUAAUAGCUUGAAUGGAUGGAACGCACUACGAUCAAGUGAAUAUACCAGAAAUUGGAUAUUUGGUAGACAUUUAAAAAAAAAUUGCGAAUUUUAUGUUUUUUUGCUUUUUGUUAUAAAAAAUUUAAGUAUAUGCAAUUUUUUUUAAAUAAUAGAGUCUAAAAAGUCUAAAACCUAUCGAUACAAACAGAUUUGGUUCGCUGAAACACAGCCCUUGUUCGAAUCUGAAAAUCCGAGUCAAUCCCAGUAUCGCAAAACCGGGUAUUUAAAUAAUAAUAGAGCGUUCUAUGCGUUUACAUGUGCUGAAUGUACUCCACAAAUUUCAUGUCAUUCGGUCAAGUCGUUUUUGAGAUACGAUGGAGGAAAGUUUGAAAAGCACGGGUUUGAGAAAAACAGCUCCGUCUUCUAACUGCUGUAUCUUUAAAACGACUUCGAAUUUCUGAAUUCUGAUUUACCACCGUAUUCUAGACAUGUUAAGUAAGCAAUUUAUGAUACCUUUUUUUUUACUAAUCACAUGGGAUGACCCAUUUAAUUAAAAAAUACUGAUACUUACCAUACGGACGAUAUUCUUUUAAAACUUAUUACGGCUCAAUUGUUGAAAAUGGAAACUAUUUCUUUCAAAGUGUAAGUUGAUAAUGUCAGCUUAAAGACAAUAUAAUCUACGGAAAAAUCCAGUAACUCCUGUAAAAAUAUUUGGAACCUAAGUUAAAUGAAAAUUAUAAAGAUUCAUCAAACGUGCAAGCUGAGAAGUGGCUUAGUGAUUAGAAACGUGAAAUUGAUACAAUAAAUUCAGCCAAUUUAAUUGAAUUUGAAUAUACAAAACGGGCAGUUUAGAUUAAUGAAGUUUGAUAUUGGAAACAAGUUCUUCAAUAAAUAUGAUUAUUGAUAGUAGCUCAACUACAACAUAAAAUCUGUUAGAUUUUGAAGAUAUUCAAAUACAUACGUAUGGGCAUUUCCGCCAUGUCGAACGUGACAAUCUAAACCUACCGAUAUGAACAAAAAUGUUUUUUAAUUUUGACAGUAGGAUUUUUUAAUAGCCCUUCAUUAGCUAUACAUUUAGUGUUAAGGUUGAUUUUGGAACGGUUUUCAUUUUCAAGAUAAUUCCAAAAAACCAAGGCAUUCGCACGGGACAAAAAAUGGAAGUCGUUUUUGGGAACAACGAUUCAAACGGCGAUUUCAGCGAAUUGUGAGGCAAUAUUCAAAUGUUUUUGAUUAUAGAGCGUUGUUAAUGGAUGUCUUUAAAAUUGGUAUGAAUUUCAUCCAAAAAUAAUUUAUAGUUUUUUUUUAAUUAAAUAUUUACCACAUUCGCACGGGACAUGUCGUACGGACAUUUUUUUCCAUCAUAAUAUUUAUGUUGAUUUUGUUUUAUAAUACGGAAUUAUUUAACAACAAGUCCAUCAUCCAUCCUCAUAUGUAAAUAAUUAAUGUAAAUGUAUCUAUUUACAUACUUAAGUAAAUUUUAUAAGACAAAAAAUAAUUUUAAAUUUCUAAAUUCCACACCUACGAUGUCGCACGGGACCAACUUUAAGUAGUUACCAAAACCACAACCACUUACAGUGGUAGUAAGUGUUACUUUUUGAUGUUGCACGGGACAUUAAAAUAUAGGAUAAUAAGAGAGCAAAAACUUACAGUUAUUUGCAAUCGCAUGCUUUCUUAUGCAUUUUAUUUUGCUCUUUGUACCCUUAUAAAGGUUUUACACAAAGCAAAAAAUUAUACAUGAUAUGUUUCUUUAACAAUUUUGACGAAAAAACAAAUGCAGUAGAAAAAUCGAAAUGAGAAAAGUAGCUCCUAUGCGACAUGGCUUUUGUAUAUCUCGUAAUUGGUUAUGAAUUAAUUUAAAAUUAAUUUAAUAUACAUAAAUUUAAAUAUUUUCCUAUGGAAAUAUGCAAAAACUUUGUAAUUCUAAUAAUGUUUAAUAUUUUGUCUGCGGUGGACCUUCUGGCGGAAAUGCCCAUAUGUAUAUCACAAGCUCCGUAUUUAAUCGUAUCGUCUGCUAAAUAUAUGAUUAAAUACAACAUAUUAUAAGUGACAUAUGAAAAGAACAAGAAGAGAAAGAAGAGAAGAACAAAGAGCCUGAGAGCUGUUCUAAACUAUUAAACAAUGAUUUAAUAAAAAUGAAAACUUCUAUUCUUUCUAACCGCGAAGUAGUGUAUUUUUCUUGGCUACAUAUCUAUACAAUUUUCUACUACCGAGUCUGUUGCUUGUGGAUAUACUAUUCAAUGAUUAUUACUUUCGAAAGUUAAAGUACUGAAUCAAUAUUUUUUUCCUAUAGUAUUAGCAAAUGAUUUUAAUUUAUGUCUUGGUUGGACAAUCAAUCCAUCACUUUUGUGGUAAAGCUAUAAAUCUGUGAACAUACAAUAUUCAUCCAAGCAGUUACGUUCACAAAACCCCACAAUAGAAACCGAUUUUAUAAAUAACUUCAUUUUUGACUGUCGUUAAAACGAUUUUAUUUCACACUUUUUU